CUGACAAUGAGCUUCUGAUAGCUGCCGAAAUGGGUGACGAGGAAAUGACACGAAAACUAAUUCGAAAAGGUGCUAGCACGGUUCACUGUAAGGAUCACCUCGGUCGAAACGCACUUCACUUUGCCGUCUGCUCGGGUAACAUGCGUGUGGUUACAAUGCUUCUAAAGGCCGGAGUCAAUCCAAACAUCAAAGAUAAUGUCGGAAUGACACCACUCUCCCUUUGCUUAAUGAGAAGGCCAAUGUGGAAAACGGCCAAUUUGUUAUUUCAACAUGGUGCGGUGCUGCUUACAAGAAUGACUCCAAUGGAUACUGGAUUGUUUAUACAGUUUGUAAUGAUGUGCAUACCCACCAAAGAAGAAGAAAGGAUUCUUCGACUUCUUGUCGAGAAAGGUGCCCUAGUUAAUGACCCAGAGGCUCCCGGCCAACGUCAACCACUACAUUUCGCUGCUAUGAGUAAUAACUGUACCCUCAUUCGUAUUCUAAUCGAUUUAGGAGCUGACUUAUACGCUAAGAACCAUAGAAAUGAAACUCCCAGACAAGUAGCAGCUACCUUUAAAUGUAAAGAAGCGAUGGCUAUCUUUGAAGCCCUCGAAGGAGAAUACGAUAGAAGAGACAGUGAGACUGCAAGCAAUGUAACUGCUUAUGAGCAUUUCAACUUGUCGUAAUUUAUUUGAUAAAUAAAUACAUUUUGCACGUUAUGUUUUGAAAA